AUGAAUUCAAUGCCUUCCCUGCUGGUACGUGAACAGGCCAUAUUACUCAACCUUGGUUCCUUGCGAGCAAUUGCUAUGCAUGAACGUGUCCUUAUAUUCAAUUAUAACAGCCCAGGAGGAAAGGUCUUUUUAGAGCUAUUACGACCUCGGUUAAAUCCAAGGAACAUCAAUGGUGGGCCUGCAAUGCCUUUUCAACUUGAGGUUGUUGAAGCUGCAUUGCUUUCUAGAAUACAAAGGCUGGAACGAAGAUUAAUGCAUGUUGAACCUCGUGUGGCUACAUUGCUUGAAGUUCUACCAAAUCGGUUGACAGGUGAUGUUUUGGAGCAGCUUCGUCUAAGCAAACAAUCAUUGGUCGAGCUGGGUUCACGGGCAGGUGAUCUUAAACAAAUGCUCAUCGAUCUCCUUGAAGAUCCCCAUGAAAUUCGUCGAAUAUGCAUUAUGGGGAGAAAUUGUACACUAGAUAAAGUGAGUGAUGAUAUGGAAUGUUCUGUUCCAUUAGAAAAGCAAGUUGCCGAAGAGGAAGAGGAAGAAAUUGAGAUGCUAUUGGAAAAUUACCUUCAAAGAUGUGAAUCAUGCCAUGGUCAAGCAGAGAGGCUUCUUGAUUCUGCAAGAGAAAUGGAAGAUUCAAUUGCAGUGAACUUAAGUUCCCGACGACUAGAAGUAAGCAGAGUGGAGUUGCUUCUUCAGGUCGGAACAUUUUGCGUCGCCGUAGGAGCAUUAAUCGCAGGGAUAUUCGGCAUGAACCUCAAAUCGUACCUGGAGAACAACACGUGGGGAAUCUCGGCGGACGCGGACGCGGGCGCGGCGUGGCCCGUCGCGAACCCGGCGGUGACGUGCGCGGACGUGGCGGAGGCCGGGUCCCCCAGCAGCUUCGUCGCCAGCCCCUUCCUCUUCCUCCAGGGUGAUGCCAUCUACAUGUUUUUCGAGACGAAGAACCCCGUAACAUCGCAAGGCGACAUUGCCGCUGCCGUCUAUAUGAUGCCUGAAAGUAGCAAGAACGGAGAUCUCCGGUUGUAUCGUGCGUUGGAUUUCCCCCUUAAGUGGACACUGGAGAAGGUCCUUCUGGAGAAGCCACUUGUGGAUUCAGUCAUCAUAAAUUUCAGGGGUUCCUAUUGGCUGCUUGGGUCAGAUUUAAGUUCUUAUGGUGCGAAGCAGAAUGGAGAGCUCAGUAUCUGGUAUAGCAGCUCUCCUCUUGCUCCUUGGAAUCCACACAGGCAUAAUACAAUCGGUAGCAUGGAUAACGGGUCGAGUUUUAGAAAUGGAGGCAGGCCAUUCGUUUAUGACGGCGAUCUCUAUCGUAUAGGCAAACAGAGUGGUGGUGUGUCUGGCCAUAGUAUUAAAGUGUUCAGAGUAGAAAUCCUAACAGCAAAUGAAUACAAGGAAAUUGAGGUCCCAUUUGUCUUUGACAAGCCCCGCAAGGCUCGAAAUGCAUGGAACGGUGCACGAUCCCAUCACCUUGAUGUUCAAUGGCUUCCAUCAAGUCAACUCUGGAUUGGGGUAACGGAUGGUGAUAGAGUGCCCUCAAACGAUUCAGUUCACCGCCUGACCGUAGGGUACAUGUUUUAUGGAGUCACUCUGUUACUAGUUCUUCUGCUUGGUGGGCUUAUUGGUGCAAUUAGAUGCACGAUACCACUCAGAUGGUAUGUUCCACAUACUGAGAAACGGGGUGACUUGUUACAUGGAAAGCAGCAGUUCUUUCUGAAGUAUAAGCUAAGCUCGCUGUUUUCCAGUUUGAACAAGUUGGGUUCUCUUCUUGGUGGGAGAAUCAACUACAGAACUUGGAAGGGACGGGUUUAUGUUGUGCUAGUAAUACUAGUCUUAGUUUUUCUAACUUGUCUUGGAACUCACUGCGUAUAUGGUGGCAAUGGUGCUGAAGAGCCAUAUCCAAUCAAGGGUAGGUACUCGCAGUUCACGCUGUUAACUAUGACAUAUGAUGCCCGUCUUUGGAAUCUGAAGAUGUUUGUGGAGCAUUACUCCAAAUGUGCAUCAGUGAGGGAGAUUGUGGUUAUCUGGAAUAAAGGUCGCCCGCCAGUGCAAAAUGAAUUGAAGUCGGCUGUUCCUGUCAGGGUCAGAGUUGAAGAUAAGAACACUCUGAACAAUAGAUUCAACAUAGAUGAAAAAAUUAACACAAGAGCUGUUAUGGAGCUUGAUGAUGAUAUCAUGAUGGCAUGUGACGACUUAGAGCGUGGGUUCAAGGUAUGGAGGGAGCACCCUAAUAGGAUUGUUGGGUACUACCCACGCCUCGCUGAAGGUACUCCACUGGAAUACCGCAAUGAGAGGUAUGCUCGGCAACAAGGAGGUUAUAACAUGGUACUGACUGGAGCAGCAUUCAUGGAUCAUGGCUUGGCCUUUGAGAGGUAUUGGAGCAAGAAGGCUGAGGUAGGAAGGAAGAUGGUAGACAGUUUCUUCAAUUGUGAGGAUGUCCUUCUAAAUUUUCUGUUUGCAAAUGCAAGCUCAAUGAGCACGGUGGAGUAUGUAAAGCCAGCUUGGGCAAUUGAUAUGUCUAAGUUUUCAGGAGUAGCCAUUAGUCGAAACACACAAGCACAUUAUCAUGUUAGGAGCAAAUGCCUUGCUAAAUUUUCAGAAGUCUAUGGGAACUUAUCUGCUAAAAGAUUCUUUAGCAGUCGAGGUGAUGGCUGGGAUGUAUAG